AUGCCUUCCGCCGCCUUAGGGGGCAUGAUCUAUGGCAUUCCCUUUGUCCUUGAGACUGAUUCGCAAGUAUUGGUCCACCAAAUCAACGGCAAAGCAGACGACGUGCCCGGUUCCCUCGUCUUGAGAUGGAUCAGUUACCUUCUUCUCUUUGAUUUUACAGUCAGACACGUACCCGGAAAGAAGAACCGCGUGGCUGACGGAUUGUCACGAAAGCAUGCGGGACCAUCUGAUCAACUGGACGCGCAAGUUGAAGGAGAUAUUGAAGACUUCGUUGACCUCCACCUCAACAUAGUUCACGUCAACGGGGAACCUGACGUCCUGGAUGGCGUCUACUCUCAAGAGCAUAGGGAUAUAGCCAAAUACCUGUGCACCUUUGAGAAGCCUGAGGGGCUGACUCGUUCACAACUACAAUGGUUCAAAAGAAAGGCUCUUUCUUUCUUUGUUCAAGGACGACGACUUUGGAAGCGAGCAAAACGGGACUACGAUUCACCUCUGCUGGUGGUAGAUGACCCGGAGAUGCAGAAGAAGUUGAUCAAAUCGUAUCACUUCGACAGCGGUCACAAGGGCAGGGAAGUGACCUACAACCUUGCGAAGAGGAGAUAUUUCUGGAAUGGCAUGUGGAACCAGGUCUCCGAAGCAGUACGGUGCUGCCCCACCUGUCAAGCCCACGCUCCUUGGAGGCCAUUAGAGGCCGUCCAGCACACUAAACCAUUUGAUCCCAUGAUCAAGGUUCAUUUCGACUGCCAGUAUAUGCCACUAGACCAAGGGUUUAAGUACCUCGCGGAGGCAAGAUGCGAUAUGACAGGAUGGGUGGAAGCGAUCCCUCUGAAGAAGAUCACGGCCAAAGCACUGAGGCGCUUUGCGGCCAACCUUGUCUACCGAUUUGGCAUGAUUUCUGUGGCAGUAGUGGAUGGUGGGCCCGAAUUCAAGAAGGAAUUUCCACCCUUGCUCGAGGAAUUGGGAAUACGGCAGAUCGUCACGUCUCCGUAUAACCCCAAAGCUAAUGGCAUCAAUGAGAGAGGGCACUACUCUAUUUCGAUGGCUUUAAGGAAGAUGGAAAGAAAAGGGAAGCCAAGAUGGUACGACAACCUAGAGAGAGCGCUUUUCGCCGACAGAACAGCUGCGAAAGCACCACACGGACACUCUCCUUUCUAUCUCAUCCACGGAUGGGAGCCAGCGUACCCCCUGGAGGUUGAUCUUCCCACUUGGCGAUUGAUCAAUUGGGAUGAAGUGUCUACGGCAGACGACCUCAUCCUUGCGAGGGUCAGAAUCCUUGAAAGAAAAGGUGAAGACGUAGAAGCAGCGCGGCAAAAGAUUGGUGCAUUCAGGGCGAAAGUUGCGAAGAAGCAGAACGAGAAGAACGUCCACAGGUUGAGAAAGACCCCUCUGAAGGUUGGGGAUUUGGUAUUGAGAUUCGACGUUCCCCGAUCAAAUGAUAUGUCGACAAAAAUGAAGAUGGCACGCAAGUGGUAUGGCCCAUUUCGUAUCUUUAAACAUUAUGACGGGGCGAAUCACUACAAGCUCGAGACACUUGAUGGUUACGAGAUCACAAAAUCUAUCCAUGGGGAUCACCUGAAGAAAUUCGUGAAGGACGAAAAUGGCUGGUGGGAAGGGGAGUCAGAUGAAGAGGAAGUCCUCAAGAAGCUCAAAGAGGAGAAAGAAAGUUCAGAGGGAAGCGGAGACAAAGAGAACAUGCGGGUAACGAGAAGCAAGAAAGCAGCGAAUGAUCAAAUGGUUGAUCAAGCAAGCGAUGAUGGAAGUGAGGAGGAAGAUAGUGGGGAGGAGGAUCUUGGCGAAAAAAAGUGA